AUGCCUAUACAAUGGUUUUUUGCAUUCUGGAAUUUAAAGCAGCGUAAAAAAUGUAAGAGAUUUCAGGCUGUUGUUAUAGAUGUACUUAAAUCUAUUACUAAAAUUAUUCAAAACUGUGAAUACAGAAAGUUGAUUGUAUAUUUCAAUACUUGGGCAAGCUUGGAUAAAACACUUAAUACAGAAUUCAACUUCAAAGAAUUUAAAGAAGCAGAACUAAAACAAGAAUCAGAAUAA